AUGAAUCCCGAGAUCCCCGGCUUCUAUUACGACCCUGAGAAGAAGAAGUACUUCAAGAUUCAGCCCAACCAUGCUUCGCCACCGGGUGCUCAGUAUUCCCAGGAGUCCGUCAAGCGCAAGCGUCACGAGCAAGAGGAACAGGAGAAACAGGCGCACGUCAGUCGGCGGAUCGCCCGCGAGACCGUCCUCAAGCCAAGUUUCCUCCAUCACGCACUCAUCAGUGUGGACCGGGAAGUUGGAACGCGUUUGUUCUCUGCUGCUGAGCUGCAGGAUCGACAGGCUAGUAUCUACGUGAGCCAGUUGAAGCGCACCAAGCUUCAUCAAUUCGAGCCGUGGCCUGGCCCUUGUAAUAUCCGUCAUGUGCUGCGACAUCCUCGCUCGGGUAUCCUGAUCACCACUGGAAUCCAAGGAAAUGCAUCUUCUGUCUCGAUCUGCUUCCCCGAUAAUGAGGAAGAGAAAUGGACAUACAACCAGACCAUGGAGCGGCUUCUUUUCAGAGAGCCUUACAGACUAUCGUCAAUAUCUUUGAGCCAUACCGGGUACUUAUUGGCAACAAUGGACAGUGGCCCACAAGGCGAAUCCUUUCUAUCUCCGCGGCUACUCCCAAAUCCAGACGAGGGUGGUGACUACCGCUGGCCAUCUCAAUUCCUCCACCCCAUCCGCAUCCGCACCACGCAAACCCUCUGGUGCUCGGCAGCCUGUCCAACAGGUGACAAGGCCCUCUUCGCCGUCGGAACCUCGGACGGACUGCACACGCUCGAGGGACAGAGCAGCCACUGGACGCUGUCGCAGAAGCCCCUGCCCAAAGAGCAGAGCAACCGGGGCCAAGGAUUUCGCCGACACGGCAACUCCUCGCACGCAAGCGUGCAGGCAGUCGAGUGGCUCACCUCGGACGUCAUCGCGUCGGGGCUGCGCAACUCGUCCGUCUUCCUGUACGAUGUGCGCUCUGGUGAGAAUUCGCUGCGGCUGCAGCAUUCGCAGUCGGUCACGAAAAUCCGGAAGGUAGAUCCGUGGCGGAUUGUUGUUGGAGGCUACAACUCGGUUGAAAUGUAUGAUAUCCGUUUCGCAGCCGGGGGCCUCCAACACAAGCCCAAGCCUAUGAGCGGCUCUCACAUCUCGAGCCGCCCAUAUCUUUCCUUCCGGGACUUCUCGCCCGAGGAGAUCCCCGACUUCGAUGUGAGCAUUGAGUUGGGCCUGUUGGCAUGCGCAUCCGAUGAUAGGAAGGUGCGCUUCUUCUCUCUGAACACUGGGAAGUCUGUCCGUUCGCCCCUCUUGAACACCCCCUAUCGCCGGCCCAUCACGGGCUUGUGCUUCGAGGCGACUGGGGAGAUGAGCCCGCUCGGGCCGCAGACGCCCAGCUUGCUGGUUUCUUCUCAGGCUACUGUAGACCAGUGGGUCUGGUAA